UAUUACUUCCGCUUGUCAUAGGACACAAAAAUGGCUGCCAUGUUGUGUCUCUAACACUUAUGUCUCAAUGUUAGCUUUCUCCACAGGUUAAACACCUCAGUGCUUUAAACCAACAGACACACUUACCAAACCAGGUCUUCAUUGCUGCCGACAUGUUCCAGGUCAUCGGUGGGAGGAGCCUCCAGGCGGUCCGGCUCCUCGCGCCCAGGAGCGCGGUGCUCGUGGAGGCUGUGCGGGGCCGAAAGUCCCGCAACGACCCGGUGGCCAAAUCUAAAGAAGGGCGAAUUAAAGUGCCUCCCCCCGUCGAUCCGGUGGAGAUGGUGGUCCUCAAGGAGAGAUACUCGGAGUACGAGCUGAUCAUGAGGGCGCUUCGGCUGGAGUUCAAGGAGGAGGUGCUGCGUAAGAAGUACGAGAAGGAGACGGGUUCGCAGGCAGAAGAGAAGUCGAGGCAGGAGAAGGAGGAGCAUCGCGCCCUGAUGGACUGGAAUGAUCAGGAAAACCUCCAGAUGCUGAAAGCCAGAAUAUUACGGAUCCAAAAGGAAGAGGAGGAAGCUGAGAGCAAGACAGUGGAAGCUGCCAUUCAGCGUGAAGAGGAGCUACAGGAGUUCAUCAGACAAAAAGAAAAAGAGAUUUUACAGCUGCAGGAGGAGGCUAAGAACUUUAUCACCUUGGAGAACCUGGACCAACGAAUCGAGGAAGCUCUGGACAAUCCAAAGAAUUACAACUUUGCCAUUGACAAAGAAGGGAGUGUGGUCAAAAGGACAGUGCUACAAUGAAGCGGCUGGUUUGAUAUGUGUGUGUAAUUUUUUCAUCAGGACUUUGAUCAGAACUCAGUGGUCCAUUUUAUUCUAGGAAAUGAUGCUUUCCCAACCUGAAUGCUGGAAAUAGUUAAUGUACCUGAGUACGGAGAAACAUCCUGGAAUCUCUGAAAACCAGUUCAUGUCUGGACCUGGAGGUUUAACUCCCAGCCGUCAUGUUCCACAUCACAUUUCUGGUUUGUUCCUUUUAUCAGCUGUUACCACAAAAUGAUCCAUUAAACAUCUCCCUUACUCAACGCUGUGUAUAUUACUGUAAACAUGUGCAGCUUGUAGACGUUUGGAACAUUAAAGUAUAAAAAUGCGAUAUAUGA